AUAAGUCCAGUCAAUAUUGAUUUUGCUAACCUGGCUCUGUAGCUUUUAAUACGUGAUUUGGGCCAUCUCUUAACGAAUGUUGGCACGCAAAGGGAGAAUUUACGGUAAAGGAGACGCAAACGCGUGCUCCACAUCAGCUAACCUAGUGCAACCUGUACUAUGCGUCACCUCAUGCUCGCCACGGUUGGUGUCGGCGGCCGGACCAAAGUUCGUGACUACGAUUGGUCGAGCAACACGACCACAACGGAGCCUUCGAGCCAGGCAUCAAGGUGUUAGCCAUCGACGCAGCACAACCAUUCGAUUACGAGCACCGUAUGCGUAAACAGAAGAGCGAUGAAAGCAAGCUUAAAGUGGGAAUCGUUGGCUUCGGGACGUUUGGGCAAUUCCUCGCAAAGCGCCUUGCAAGCAAGGGGCAUAAGGUAAUUGCCACGUCCCGCACUCCAUACGAGGAGGUCGCACGAAAGAUUGGCGUGGAGUUUUUUCAGGACGUGGACGAUUUUUGCGAGGAGCAUCCGGAGGUAGUCCUCCUGGCCAGCUCCAUCUUGUCAACCGAGUCGGUACUGCGGAAUCUGCCAGUGCAGCGACUCAAGCGCAACACGCUGUUCGUAGAUGUGCUCUCCGUUAAGGUGUUCCCGAAGCAGCUGCUUUUACGGGAGCUGCCCCCAGAGGUGGACAUCUUGUGCACGCACCCCAUGUUCGGACCUGACAGCGGCAAGGGCAGCUGGGCGGGCCUCAACUUCAUGUACGAGAAGGUCCGCAUUGGGGCCGACCCCAGGCGGGAGCGCCGAGUGGAGAACUUCCUCAAGUUCUUUCGCGAGGAGGGCUGCACCAUGGUAGAGAUGACAUGCGAGGAGCACGAUCGCCAGGCGGCUUCCACGCAGUUCAUCACGCACACGGUGGGCCGCGUGUUGGGAACCAUGCAGCUUCGCUCGACGGAAAUCAACACCAAGGGCUUCGAGGCGCUGCUCAACUUGGUGAACAACACCACCAACGACUCGUUCGAGCUGUAUUACGGCCUCUUUUUGUACAAUCAGAAUGCCACGGAUGAGCUGGAACGGCUGGAAAAAGCGUUUGACACGGUGAAGAAGCAGUUGUUUGGACGGUUGCACGACAUUGCGCGGGCGCAACUGUUCCCAAUGGAGGAGAUGGGCAAGGGGCCAAGCGGCAACGGUAACGGCAAUGGGAAAGCUGCCGCCACUGCACCGGUGCCGGCUCUGCCCGCUGCUCGGGAGCCCCUGGCGCUGCCUGCGGGGAAAGACGUCUACGCGCCUAGCAAUACAGGCACCAUUGAUGUGUAGCCCCGGGUUACGUGAGGGGGUAGUACGGGGGUUGGGGAAAUGGGUGGUGACGUAGUUUGGGUAGGCAAGUGUAAGUAGCAGCAGGAGCGCGAGGAGUGGAUUUGGGAGGGCGCGAGAUGAGGGGAGCUGGCUUUUCGAGGGGAGCAGUGAGCAGAGGCGCGUGCGAGUAUAUUUGAUGAACAGCGCAUUGCGCGAGGGAAGAGAGGGAGUGUGUGUGUGUAUGUGUGUGUUGUCACGCAGCAGCGCUGCGUUCGCCCACGGGGCGGCAACAGGGCAGCGUCUGCCUGUUUGCAAUCGCUUCGACCUGGCUUCCAAGCGGAGUUUAACAAGGACGUCGUGACAAUCAACGGAUUAUUAUCAUUUCAUGUGCUUGCAUGCCGAGCAUUACAUAGUCUCCGGAACCAAACAAAUGAACGUAACUCCUUGAGUCUGGUGCUUGACUAAUUUUGUAAAAAAAGUUGUCACUUGGCAACAAAGGUAUUACCAGUUAAAGUCUCAUCUCCACGCCCCAUGCACUCAGCAAUACCCGGGUCUCAGCCUUAAAGACUAUUCAAACGAAAUCAACAACACAAAACAGUCCUGAUGGAUAGACAUGGCCCGUACAAAUGCCCGUACAUUGUUUAUCAAUCUAAUACCACCAAACGAAUUGGCAAUAUGGCAUGAGCACGCACGCGGGAAACCCCAAAGGAUACAUAAGGGCAACGGCCGCGGGGACAUCGCUAACCAAAGGAGCAAUGUAGAGGUUCAAUGCCCCCGAAGAAUGUCUGCCUUAUGUUGUACACAGAACCCCACCCCUGCCAGUAGAAUAUGUCCCCCUCGUCACUCGAUCCCCCAGCUCCUCCCGUACAUGGGUACAUGGUGCGCAAGUCAAUGGAGAGCUAGACAUUACUCUCCUUCCCAAAACAGCCAUCUGUAUCAUGCGAGUCGCACGGGUUGAACACGCCGCCAUAGCAUGCCAGGCGAGGUCGUUCCCUACCGCCGGCCCUUCUUCCCCUUCUUGUAGAAUUGAUUCUUUCCCGCCAGGACGGAGACCUUCUUCUUUCCGCCCUUCUUGGUAACAGCUCCCUUCAACGACUUUACUGUCUUCCGCACCCGAAUCGUCACGGGCUUGUCCGCGGUAUCCAUAGCGUCAUCCUUCGCCACCGUUGGCGCCACAUGAUGCUCCACAGGCGCUGAUACGAGGCAAGCCGCUAGCGCCGCUUGUCGCUUUUCCUCCGCCGUCGCCUUCCAUGGAGUCUGCUUUUCUACUUGCCCUCUGCGCUCUGUGCGCAACUUCUUCUUAGCAUUACUACGAGUUGAUUUUCCCAUUACGAUGCUCUCGGUAUUGCCCACACCAGGAUGGUGUCAAUCCUAACGAGACGAGCGACAAGUUAGCAACUUGGCCCGGACGUCAUAGAACAGUCAUAGAGGGU